AUGCAAUCAGACCCUCAGAGCCCGCAGCCCAAGAAGAGAGGGGCGCCGGAUGAGGAGAAGCUGAGUCUUGAGGCCAUCCGGGAAGUAGUUCGGAGCGAAGUGGGGGGCAGCACAGCCGCCCUCAGGGCUGAAAUCGGACAGAGAAUGGACAGAGUGGAAACGGGGGUGACCGCACAGCUCGAAAAGACCCUCGAGCGCCUGGCUGCCCUUGAGACCAAAGUCCAGGUGCUCCAGACGACAGGCACGGCAAGCACGACAGACACGGAUGCGGGGAGCAGAAAACCGGCGCUCAUUAUGGGCGGGUGGAGUGAUGACAGCCCGGCCGACGAAACCUUGGCCAAGAUGAAACAGAUUGUCAAAGAUCUCCGCCUGGAUAUCUGUACCGAGCAAGCCUUCGUGCCGGGGGUGAGACGCGGGUACGCAAUCAUCCCGUACUCGGCCAAGGAGGGGGAAGACCCGCAGCAGCUACGUGACAGACUGACGGGGGCACUGCGCCGGGUCAGGCAGGCAAACGUGCAGAUGGGGGCGCACGCCGACGGGAAAGCCAAGUACCUCUGGCUGCAGCUUUCCCAGUCUCCCGAACGACGCACCGAGCCGACAGAGAGCGGCGGCGAAGGAGGACAAGAUGACCUCCUUGAGCUGGAGUUUCACGUACCUUUUCGACCCCCGAAGGGGGAACAGCGACGGACCUUCAACGUCGCGACCUGGAACGUGGGUGGCCUCUCAGCUGCAAACGCACUAGAGAUGCUGCAAGCGUUCGGGGGGAACAAAGCGCUCUCCUCAGUUGCUGUUGUCCUUUUCCAAGAAGUUAUCACCGAAGCAGGUAGGCAUUUUGCCUCCAACAAGUCAUGGGUUCUUGUCUACGGCAAGCUGCUGGGGGAAUGGCGGGGGGAAGGGGUUGCCUUUAGAGCGGGGAUCGGCACGCACACAGCCACGCAGGUCCUACGAGCAGGGGUUGCCACGAUCAUCACCACCCUGCGGGGAAGAAGUGGGGCCUGCUCAGCGCACACAUGCCCCACCACGCCAGCUCAAGCCAUCAUGUUACAGUGGGGGACAAGCAGAGCACUCCGCAGCAGCAGGGCCGUCAUCGGCAUCGAUGCCAAUGAGCAGUUUACAGCAUCACCUCACACAAUACAGCAGGAACGGGCGCAGGGGCACACGGGAAGAGGGGAAAACAUACUUGCAUGGCUCCAACACCACACUAUGCGACUGCCACCCCAGGACCUCGGUACACCGAGCCACUUCCCAUAUGACUCCACACAGGAACCCAGGCGACUGGACUAUGUGGCGAUUCGGGGGGUUUUCUCAGUGCAAGGGGAAGUGCUGGCCGUCCGGGACAUGGCACGUUCGGACCAUGAGCCUGUGGUGCUGCAGCUGCGGGCGGAUGCCCCGAAGCUCGCCAAGCCCAAGGGACAUUGCGGGCCACGACAUGUGCACCUUGAGCCGGAGCAACUGCAGGCCACCCUGGAACAAGAGGCGACCGUCCCCCCAGGCGACCGGCACGGCCAGAUUGCACAUGUCAGCCAACUCAUCACCAAGCCGGGGAGGAGCAAACAAGCCAAGUUCGAGGAAAGCCCCGAGCUAAAACGGGCGCGCCGAGCAGCACACGCCACAGCGCCGGGUCAAGAGAGGAGACAAGCAUGGAAGGGAGUACACAAACGGCUGCAGGCCGAACACAAGCAAUGGAAACAAGCAAUGGCAGACCGAGCCAGUCAGCACGAUUGGCCAGCAUACAGACAACACAAGAAAGGGGCCGGGGGGGACCAGUGGAUGGCAGCACUCACGGACAACCACGACUGGCAAGGGGCACUGCUGGCCCACUUCAAGAGCAUCUUCCACAAGGCCGACGGGGGAGCAAGGGACGCGGACUUCGAAGCCAGGCGACAACGGCUCUGUCACCGCUGCAAGGUGACCCCAUGGCUUCCUUUCACGUCAGAUGAGCUGCAAGGGGUGGCGGGGAGGUGGAAAAACAGCAAAAGCACGGGGCCGGACCACAUUGCGCACGAAGCCCUACACGCACUCCGUCAGCACCCUGUCUGGGAGCACCGGCUCCGUGAAAUGCUCAACGAAGCAUUGUACAUGGGGAGCCUGCCGGCAGCCGUGGAGCGAGGACUCACGGUGCUCCUUCCAAAGGAGGCGAUUGCCCAACUGCUCCUGCGCAGAUGCGCAUACACCUUGAAGCCCCACAACGCCCUGCAGUGGGCGUCGCCGGGGCGCCAAGGCACCGAACUCAUCUUGACGUUGAGGAAAGUUGCCAGACAAGUCUUGCAGACCUGGUCGAACGACGAAUGGGAGCUGAUCACCCAUGGGUUCCACAUCGACGGGGAGUGGGUGACACCAGAAUCGGGGGAUGCAGCGUUGACGGUGCUCGGGUCACCAGUCAGCUUCCAAGGGGGACCACCUCAACUUGCAGCCGAGAUGGGGACAAGAGCAAGGAAGGCGUGGGGGAAGAACAAAGCACUCCUCACAGCCAAAACCAAGCUCAAGCAACGCCUGCAGCUUCACAGCAUUCUCGUGCGCCAAAGCGCGCUCUGGGCAGCCGAGACAUGGCCAGUACAAGACACACUCCUACGGGCAGCCAACGUCCAGCAGUUGCAGCAUGUGCGCAGCAUGGUGGGGGGAGCGCGCGCACCGGGGGAGGCAUGGGCAGACUGGAACAAACGGAGCCUUCGCAUGGUAAGAGUGCACCUCCACCAGAACAAGGUGGAAAGGUGGUCUACCUACAUACUGCGCAUGAUUUGGGGAGUAUGGGGGCAUGUGGCGCGCGCACAGGAUGUCACCUACGAGAUGCUACUGUGGAGGGGGAUGGACUGGUGGUGGCAACAACAGGCCCUACCCGACACGAUAGGAGCACGGCAUGCCAGCAGAUUCAACAGCAGCCUGGAUACGGAAAGACAUAUUGCAGCUGUUGCGGGAGCCAAGUGGGGGGAGGUAGCCAGGGAUCGCCUAGCAUGGGGAGCCCUCGAAGAAAGGUUCGUCGAAGCGCAUGACCCGCCCUGGUGCUCGGGGAAGCAAGCACAACUCCAGAACUUGGCACAAACCAGACAAGAUGGAAGACGCGCUAAAGCAAUCAAGCAACGCAGACAGGCCAGAAGGGCAGCCAACAGACUGCUCGACUAG